AUGGCAUCACAGAAGGAUAACAAUAACGUCAAAGACUAUGACAUAUUCAAAGAUUCGCUGCUGAGAUAUCUUGGUUAUGCUAAUGAAGUCGGUGAAUCGUUUCGAGUUCUGGUACCAGUGUCUGUGGUCAGGUUGAGCUAUGCUGUUGCCACCGCAUACGUGGUGGCAGAUUCCAUAGACAAGGGCUAUCUGAAGUGGAAGAAACCGUUUGUGGAUGAGAAAACAAAAUACAGACAAGUAGGAAUUGCCACAGCAGACACUCUUAUCUGGCAAGGUUUGGCAUCAGUGGCCAUCCCGGGGUUCACCAUUAACCGAAUUUGCUGGGCAACACGGCACGCAUUAGCAAGCAUGAAGUUUCUUCCACAUCCAGUGAAAAUCUGGGGCGUUGUAGCAGCAGGACUCGGCAGCAUCCCAUUUAUAGUCCACCCCAUUGACCGGGGGACAGACUGGCUUUUGGACAACACAGUCAGAAAAUAUUAUGGCAGCUCUUGA